CACGAAUCGAACGAUUUUAUUUAAGUGAUAUAUAUUACACUUAAAUAGUAACCUUAUGUGUAAGGCUAAACUUGCUCAGAUCUAUGCUAAUAUUUAUGUACUACUUUAAUGUGAAGAAUUUAAUAUGAGAGAUUUACCAUAAUCUAGAUAAAUGGCAGCUCUUGGUGAUUCGACUGCAGUCAGUAAUAUAAGCUAUAGUCCUGAGAGACAAUGGAAGCUUUUAGCAUUUGGGAAAAGAUAUCAUGCAUGAUUUCUCUACAGAGAUGUUGAAAUGGAUAGACAGUGGGUUAAAGUAACAGUCAACAUAUUAGAGUCUGCCGGGUUUAUUUGUUGGUACCGUGGCCGAGAUUUUUUAGCGAGGCAUUCGUAUGCAAGUACAAUAAUAAAAAAUCUAGAACAAGCAAUGAAAAUUAUAGUGAUUCUGAGUAAGACAUUUGUAGAAAGUCCUCGUUGCAGAUACGAUUUAGAUUUAGCACUUGAAGAAUGUUUGAAUCGAGGUGAAGAUGGCGAAACUGGUGUACUUAUUCCUGUAGCAUUGGACAACUGUACCAUACCUAGAAUUCUAAAACCACUUAAUGUGUUGGACAUUCAGGAUAACGAAAGUACAUGGCUUUCUAAAUUAGUCAGAGCUAUAGAAAGCAACGAUAAAUUUAGUUCUUUUGCCGAUGAUAACACCCGAAAUGCAGAAAACGGAAUAGAUGAGGCAGCUGUAUCAUUACGCCAAAAAUUGCAUACAGCACCAGUUCACGAAGUCUUUUCUUUUUUAGCAAAACCGAUAGCAAAUGAUCUGUUACAUUUUUUGUCACAACACUCUGACUUAAGAUUUUUUUCAUCUGCGAUGAAUACGUGUGGUAUUUCAUUUAAAGAGAAUCGGGUAUCAUUAACUAUGAAAACAUUUUCACAGUUUACUGACAAGCCAUAUCAAAUAGCACAUUGCUUCAAAGAAUUUUCUAAGAACUUAAACAUUAAACAAAUAAGUUUAAUACUGGAAAAGCAAGCCAAUAUUCUACACAGAGGUGAUAUCAAUGAAACAAAAGAAUUCAAUGAGUUAGUAAGAUGUGUUCUGAAGCCACCUAAGGAACAAUUUUGGGGUAUUAUGUGGAAGAUGAAAGGAACUCAAACUAAGACUAUCCGAAACGAAUGUAGAAGUUUAAUUCAUGAUGCACUGAUAGAAAAUCAAAAUGUACAAACAGUUUCCCAUCCGAAAUUCGUAUCUCUAGAUGCAAGAAUUGAGACUUUUGUUAACUGGCCAAUAAAUAAAGAACCAAAAAAGGAAAGUAUAGCAGAGGCUGGCUAUUUUUAUGACCCGAAAAACACCAUUCUUCGAUGCUUUUAUUGUGAUGGUGUUUCGUGGGAUCUAAAACCUGACGAAGAUCCGUGGGCAAGACAUGCAAAGUGGUAUUUUAACUGUCCAUACGUACGUGCUUCUAAAACUGAGGAAUUUAUAAAUAAGUGCAGAUUUACAAAAUUGAAACGAAAUGAUGUUUACAAUGUGGAAUAUAUAGAAUGUGAUAACCGCUUAAAAACAUUUGAUAACUGGCCAAUUGAAUCAUGUCCUGAUCCAUGUCAUUUGUCAACAGCUGGGUUUUAUUUUACACAUUUAGAGGACAAGGUUGUGUGUCACCAUUGUGGUUAUGGUGUAAGAAACUGGGAAAAAGAUGAUAAUCCUUGGUAUAAACAUGCCUGGUGGUCGCCCGAUUGUUCUUUUCUUCGCCGUUACAAGAGUAGAAAUUUUAUUGACAAGGUUCUGGAAGAAAGAGCAAAGUUAGAACCUUUGGACAUGUGUAUUUUAACAUAUUAUCUUGAUAUACGAGAAAAUAAAUAAAACAUUUCUUUUUCUUUUUAAAUUAGAAA